GCUUCCGGUCGGCGGCUGUCUGCGGAAGGGUGUCCCGCCCCUUCCGCCUUUACAGCGGCGGCGGCGGCGGCGCCUGCGCGUCUUCUGUCCGGGUCAGCAGGCGGGUGCCCUGGGCCGUCCACCUGCGCGUUGCGGAGCCGCGCCCGGGGGGUCGAUGGCGAUGAACUAUAACGCGAAGGAUGAAGUGGACGGCGGGCCCCCGUGUCCUCCCGGGGGCACCGCUAAGACCCGGAGGCCAGAUAACACGGCCUUCAAACAGCAACGGCUGCCGGCUUGGCAGCCCAUCCUGACGGCUGGCACGGUGCUGCCCACCUUCUUCAUCAUCGGCCUCAUCUUCAUCCCCAUUGGCAUCGGCAUCUUCGUCACCUCCAACAACAUCCGCGAGAUCGAGAUUGAUUAUACCGGAACAGAUCCUUCCAGUCCCUGCUAUAAAUGUUUGUCUCCGAAUGUUACACCUUGUAUUUGUACCAUUAACUUCACACUGGACCAGUCAUUUGAGGGCAAUGUGUUUAUGUAUUACGGACUGUCUAAUUUCUAUCAAAACCAUCGUCGCUAUGUAAAAUCUCGAGAUGAUGGUCAACUAAACGGAGAUCCUAGUGCUUUGCUUAAUCCCAGUAAGGAGUGUGAGCCUUAUCGAAGAAAUGAAGACAAACCAAUUGCUCCUUGUGGGGCUAUAGCCAACAGCAUGUUUAAUGAUACACUAGAAUUGUUUCAGGUUGGCAAUGCAUCUGAUCUUAUGCCUAUUACUUUGAAAAAGAAAGGUAUUGCUUGGUGGACAGAUAAAAAUGUAAAAUUCAGAAAUCCCCCUGGAACAGAUCCCUUAGAAGAACGAUUCAAAGGCACAACAAAGCCAGUAAACUGGGUUAAACCAGUUUACAUGUUGGAUUCUGACGAAGAUAAUAAUGGCUUCAUAAAUGAGGAUUUUAUUGUUUGGAUGCGUACUGCAGCAUUACCUACUUUUCGUAAGUUAUAUCGUCUUAUAGAGCGGAAAAAUGAUUUACAUCCAACAUUACCAGCUGGACGAUACUAUUUGAAUAUCACAUACAAUUACCCUGUACAUUCGUUUGAUGGACGGAAGCGGAUGAUCUUGAGCACCAUUUCAUGGAUGGGAGGAAAAAAUCCAUUUUUGGGGAUUGCUUACAUCACUAUUGGAUCUAUCUCCUUUCUUCUGGGAGUUGUACUGCUAGUAAUUAAUCAUAAAUAUAGAAACAGUAGUAAUACUGCUGACAUUACCAUUUAAUUUUAUAUUCUGAAAACAAAUUUACUGCAUGUGCAUCAAGGCCAGUCCUGUUCAACCUAGCUUUCCAAUGCUGAUGUUCUGGUUAGUAUGUCGUUUUUGAAGUUGGCACAUAACAUUUUUUAAAAAGCAGUCUUUGUCUUCUGCUUCUUCCUUAUGGAUGACUUACGAAAAUAUAUGACGGGUAUAAACAGAUUCGCUAUGCUGAUCAUAUCAACACUGUAACUGCUGAAAUGGCAUUGUGAUGUUUCUUUUGUUGGGACAGGCUGUGUGAUGCGUAGAGCCUCUUUCAUGUGAAACACGUCUGCUGCUUAUACGUUUAUGCUGUGUUGAUAAUAUAUUGACAUGUGAUACUGUAUCUGUGUGCCUGUUGUGUGAAGAAUGGGAUUACAAGAUGUAUGAGUAUAACGACUUGCUAACCUUUCAGGAUCCAGAGUUACAAAAAGAUGAAGAAAGACCAAAUCUAAAUAAAACACUUCAUCAUUUUCGUGUGUCAUGUGUAAAGACUUCAAGUACCAUCUUUGUUGAGGUGAUUCCUGUAUUCAGCUUAUCCAGUACAGUUGUCAAGCUUAAAUUUGAUUUCAAAGGACAUGCUUAACCUGGCUAGCAUAGGAAUUAAUGCUCGUGUCUGAAGAGGUCAGGUGGAUCUCAGGAGAAUUUAAAAUUCCACUUUCCAUUUUGGCUAAGAUGUUGCAGUCAGGAAACUCUUCUUACUUGGCUCUUUUUACAUGUGACCAUUUCCCUUGAAGCUUACACUUCAUCAGGGAUCCAAGAAUAUAGGUGAGAUGGGAAAACUUCUUGGCAGACCUUGUCUUCUGUCUCAACUAUAAACCAGGUAUAAAUGUUCAAAGGAGACUGUUUUCAUUCUUGUGGUAUUUAACAUUCAGAAAUUUGCUUCAGCAUUGGAAAUACCUCAAGCUGUUUUUAAUUUGCAGGUAAGUGUUUUGACCUAAGUACUAAUAUUAUAUUUCUGAGAUUUUAGAAAACAGUAACCUUUAUUUCCUCUAUAUUUCAUCCAGUUUUUACAUGUAGGUCAAAUGUGGAUGUGUACGGACGUUCUCUUUAGUUACGGCACCAAUUGUUUUGGUUGGUUUUCUAAGACGUACUUUCAAAAGAAAUUCUUUAAAUUUCCUAAUUAAAUUCUGGAGAUUUUGGAGUCUGUACACGAUAAAUUAUAAUAUAUGUGCUUGAAGUUAUUUUAUUUUCUAUUAACUGGAAUUAUUUUUAAUAUUCCUUCUUGAAUAAAUGCUGUAAUUUGUUUGCUAUGGAACUGAUUCUUGAAUGUAAACUUAUUUUUUCACAUGCAUGAAAUGUAUGUCUUAAUCAGAGGUGGCUUAAUUGCAUUGAAAUGGCUAUUUUUUUUAGACUAAAAUAACUCAUGUUUGUAUAGAAAAAUGCCUGUUUGAAUUAAGAGUUUGUAAUGGUUUCCUUUGGUUAUAUUUUAAAUCAAAAGGUCUGUGUAAUGUAUCAAUUCUGACUACAUUUUUAAAAAAAAAUAAUGUAAUGGUAAUAGUAGAAAUGUGCCACACUUAAGUUUUGUACAAUAUGAAAUUCAGUUAAAAGAACCUGUAGUUCAUGCUUAACAGAAUAUUACUUGCAUGAGGUACUUAAUGUUUGGUCAUCCUGAAAUUUCUGAGUGCAUAGGGUAUUCUUUGUGUAAAACUGUUCUUUGUCAGUCCUUCAGAAUACGGUCAUUUAUUCUGAUAAUUGGCCCUUUUGCACAUGGCAGUGUGUUUUCUGGGAUAUAUCAGUAGGGGAGAGGGCUUCUCCCAGUAUUUGCAGACUGAGUUUGUGCUGUCUAAGGACUGCCAUCCUGCAUCUCCUUUUCUAACUGGGGGACCAGGAUUGCUGCUACAGAAAAGUCGAAGAGCCUCUCCAGCCCUUUGUCAUCUGUGGUGAAGAUGGAAUCUUAAAAGAUAUUUGGAGUUUUAUCUGUUUUUACAAAUACAUUGAUGGCCUAAGUUCUCCCUUGUCUGCUGCCAUUUGAGUUGUAAGGGAUCCCUGUUGCUAAAUACGAAGAACGUGGAACACUCAUGGCCUCUGUGACUGGGGGAAGGAAGGAAAACAUUUCUUUCUUAUGGGCUUUAUGCUCACUUUUUGGAAACACCAAUGUCAUACUCAGCUUUCAAAGAAUCAGAAUGCAUUUUAAGACAACUAGGUUGAGUAGAAGGCAUUGAAGAAUAUAUUAACUUGCUGGAAAUAAUUGUGAUACAUGAAAUUCCCAAUUGAUGGAAUUAUUUAAUACGUAAAAACUAAGAAAUUUCUUUGAAAUCAUAAAGCAGUUUAAAAAUAAAUUGGUAAAAAUAACUGUACUACCUAAUAGAGAACUAUUCAACCAAGAGAAGAGUCAAGUGACUAUUAUUUGUUUAUUGGUUGGUAAGAGUUUAUUUGUAACCUUGAUUAUAUUGAAAGAUAACUUACUGUUAGUAUAUUCUGUAUUAAUAAAAAUUAAAAAUAUUAAUUUUGCUAUGUUUAAGUGUCUUGCUAAAAUAACAGUGCCCCAGUAUUGUUAAUAUUUAGCUCUAAAUUUUAGCCCAAGCUCAAUGAGUCCAAGCUUUAACAUUUCCAUGCCUAGAUUUGAUUGCCAUCUGUAUGUGUAUCAGUCACUCUGACAGCAUUCAUUGCAAGAUGUAUCUACACUACUGAGCAGCAUCUGUUCUUAGGAAGUGGUCAGAUUACAACCUCAGUUAUAGGCAGACAGUCUAGAUUUGGUAUUAGAGCAAGGGAAAUUUUUGGUAAAUAGAAAAUGAAAAACUGGUAGGGAGGCAAGGGUGAUGAAAAUAAUGAAGAAGGUAGGGAGGGGGCAUAAGAAAUGAAAAGCCAGACUAGGAAAGAUGAGCAGCUGAGAGGUAGGCUCAAUGGUUGCUGUUAAGCCUCUCAUCUCCUGUCUUCAUGGAGACACUGCCUUCGUAUUACUCUGUCAUCCUGUGCUGGUUAAGCUGCAGAAUUCUGUUCUUUGUGAACCUGGUUAUUUUGAGGGGAGGAUGGAGGGAGUAAGGAAGUGCUGUUUCAAGGAGAAUUUGAUGCAUAAAUGUAGUAUUUGGAUAAUCUAGCAAAGUGUAUUAGAGCUGGUUUCUUGCCCAUGCCCUUCAGUAAACACAAAAAUCAUAUUUCCCCUAAUGUCAUUUGAAAUUUCAGAAUAAAUAUGUCUAAAAUCGA